GCUCUGCCAUUGGCUGGCUGAAUGAAUGACUUGCAAACUUGCAGAUGCAUUAUGUAUGUCAGUUUACCUUUGGAGCAUUCUUGAGCUCAUUUCAAGGUAAGCACAGCAGAGAGGGAGUCUGAGCGGCAUCCAGACUUUCCAAAGAAAAUCUCCAGACAUCUUCGAGUCAAAAAUGGAGCUGAUGGGAUCUACGUUGACAGCCACAUACACUCGGCCAAAAACCAGCCACUUCCUCCCAGCCAUCUCCACCAUGGCGUCCAGCUAUCGCAACACCCAGCCUGUUUUGGCCAUGAACCCCAGUGCCAACAUGUGGAGAACCAACAGCUACUACAAAGGCACCAGUUCAGUCCCAACACCAUUACUUUCCAUCCAGCGAGACAAUUUAGAUCUGGUCCGAGCCAAGACCAUGUUCUUCCCGUCAAACAGGACAGCGCUAUCCACCCGCUACACUCCCGAUGACUGGUACAGGUCCAACCAGAGCAACUACAGGGAGUCUGAGUCGUCCCGGAAUAGUGCAGAAAGGCUGCGGAGAGACACCGUCAGGCUGAUGCAGGAUAAAGAGCAGCUGACCAGACGAAGUCAGGAGAGCACCAGCAAGAACAUCGGAGAGAGGCUCAACGACAUCGUCUUCUGGAAGUCUGAGCUGAGCCAUGAAAUCGACAACAUGGUGACAGAGAUAGCAGCCCUUACUGAGGUUAAGAGGAGGCUGGAGAGGGCUUUGGCAGAGACUGAGGGGCCCCUUCAGGUGUCUCAAGAGUGUUUGUACCACAGAGAGAAGCGGAUGUCCAUCGAUCUGGUACAUGACGAUGUAGAAAAGGACCUCAUUAAGGAAGUAGAAGUCAUCAAGUCAUGUCAAGAAAGAAUGAGGCGACACUUGGACAGAGCCAUCGCUCAGCUGGCGUCAAACCGAGCUGCCCAGCAUGAAUUAGAAAGAGACAUAAGUGACAAAGUGACAGCUCAGAGGAUCGAUGACAGGUGUCACCAUCUGAGGAACACGUCAGACGGUAUCGGCUACUACAGAGGCAUUGACAGGCUAGACCCUUCACUCUCUCUGCCAGACUCGUGGUCCAAGUUCACCGACGACAACAUCCUGCAGUCUCAGAGCGAACGGGCUGCCUCCCACAAGCUCAGGGACGAGAUAGAGAUCCUCCUGAACACCACGUCUAAUGAAAUGUGGAACCAGUUCAACAACGUCAACGUGAACUUCACAAACCGCAUAUCGGAAACCGCUGAUGCUAAGAACAGCCUGCAGGCGCACCUGGCCAAGACUCUGCAGGAGAUCUUCCAGACUGAGAUGCUGAUUGAGACUCUGAAGAAGGCUCUGAGAGAUAAAGAGUGUCCAUUAAAAGUGGCCCAAACCAGACUGGAGGAGAGGACCCGCAGGCCCAAUGUGGAGCUCUGCAGGGACAACCCACACCACAGACUUGUGGGUGAAGUAAGAGAGAUCGAGGACACUAUCCAUAAGCUCCAGGAGAGGCUGAUGGAGGCUGAGAACACUCUGCAGACUCUGGUCAAGACCAAAAUUACCCUGGAGCAUGACCUGUCCAUCAAGGCCAACUCUCUCUUCCUGGACCAGGAGAAGUGCAUGAGCAUGCGGAAGAGCUUUCCCAGCAUGCCUCGCCUGGUCGGCUACACCUGAAUGUUUUCACAAAAGAGGAUCUCUUAUGGGACCAAAUUAAUAAAUACAGACUAUGUUAAUGGUUUUAAGAGUGGUUUUAAGGAUGGUGUGGCUGAUGUGGCUUUGACUAGAAUGAAUAACUGCACAGGCCUGAUGUCAAGAUCUGAUCAUAGACGAUGGAUUAACCUUGUUUAGAUCUGUAUCUGUAAUGUAUUUGCAUGUAUUAUUGUGUCUAUAAACAGAAUAAAACUUGAACUGUUGUGAUA